GGAAAACAUGAUACCUAUGAUGUCACGUCAAGUACUAUUAUGAGCGCUUUUACAAACAUCGUGAGCUACGAUUUUUACGACCAUAAAUAUAGUGGUUAAUUUCUUUGAAGAAAUAUAAAAAGUGAGAUAGUUUUUGUUUAAUAAUGGCACGAGAUAGAAGUCCCGAACGCCGGCGUUCUCGUUCUAAAGAGAGGCGGGAUAGAGAUCGUCACGACGAACGUGAAUCUCAUCGGGAGAAGAUCAAACGCAGGGAGAGAUCCAGAAGUCCCAGAAAAGAACGAGAGCGGUCACGAAGUCCGUCUAAGAAGGAUAGAGACAGAUCGAGAAGCCCAAAAAAAGACCGAGAUCGUUCCAGAAGUCCACGCAAAGAUCGCGGUCGUUCAAGAAGCCCAAAGAGGCGCGAAGGUAAAGAUAGGCGAACUGACGACAAAGAUAAAAACAAAAACCGAAAAGAAGAGGAUAAUAAGCAAGAUGAAGAGGAACAAGAAGUAAAAAAAGAAGAGCCCAAACCUGUAAAGAGAGAGCCACUGUCUUUAGAAGAGUUGUUAGCAAAGAAAAAAGCUGAAGAGGAAGCUCGUAGUAAGCCAGUAUUCUUAACUAAAGAGCAAAGAGCUGCAUUGGCCUUAGAAAGGAGGCGAGAACAAGUCGAAGCUAUGAGAGCAAAUGUUGAUAGAACAAAUGUUACUACAAUUGAUUUGACAGGCCCAUCUAAAAGGGAAGAUGAAAAAGAAAAGAAAGAGAGGGAUAGAAGAGACGAUAGAGAAAGAAAUGAUAGAAGUGAACGAGUUGACAGAGACCGUAAAUAUGAUGACAGGAAAAGUGGUGACCGUCGUGAAGAAAAGAAGGAUAAAAAUGAUGAAGGUUCUAAGACUAAGGACAAAGAAAGAGAAGAAGAAGCCAUUAAAGCUAGGUAUUUAGGUAUAGUGAAGAAGAAACGAAGAGUUAGAAGACUUAAUGAUAGAAAAUUUGUUUUUGAUUGGGAUGCUUCAGAAGAUACUUCAAAUGAUUACAAUACACUUUACAAGGAAAGACACCAAGUUCAAUUCUUUGGUCGUGGUCACAUAGCUGGUAUAGAUAUAAAAGCACAGAAAAAAGAUCACAGCAAAUUUUAUGGUAAUUUAUUGGAAAAACGUCGAACUGAACUAGAAAAAGAACAAGAGAAAUUGCGUCUUAAAAAGGUCAAAAAGAAGGAAGAUAAACAAAAAUGGGAUGACCGCCAUUGGUCUGAAAAAGACCAAGAUGAGAUGACUGAAAGAGAUUGGAGGAUAUUUAGGGAAGAUUACAAUAUUACCAUUAAAGGUGGGAAAAUACCCAAUCCUAUAAGAAACUGGAAAGAAGCAGGUUUUCAUCAAGAUAUAAUGGAAAUUAUAACUAAGGUUGGAUACAAGAGUCCCACACCCAUUCAGAGACAAGCUAUUCCAAUUGGUUUACAAAACCGAGACAUCAUUGGUGUUGCUGAAACUGGUUCUGGAAAAACCUUGGCAUUCCUUAUACCAUUACUUACCUGGAUUCAAUCGCUACCUAAAAAUGAACGUAUGGAAGAUGCUGAUCAAGGGCCUUAUGCUAUAAUAUUGGCUCCAACUCGUGAAUUGGCUCAACAGAUUGAAGAAGAAACUAAUAAAUUUGGUAUUCCAUUAGGUAUCACAUCAGUAGUAGUUGUUGGUGGUCUUUCCCGAGAGGAGCAAGGGUUUAAACUAAGAUUGGGUUGCGAAAUAGUUAUAGCUACGCCAGGGCGCCUUAUAGAUGUUUUAGAAAACCGCUAUUUAGUAUUGAACCGUUGCACAUACGUAGUUCUUGAUGAAGCAGAUCGUAUGAUAGACAUGGGUUUUGAACCAGAUGUGCAAAAAAUUUUGGAAUAUAUGCCUGUAUCAAAUAUCAAGCCCGAUACUGAUGCAGCAGAAGAUGCAUCUGUUUUAUUAGCAAACUAUAAUACCAAAAAGAAGUAUAGACAAACUGUGAUGUUUACAGCAACUAUGCCUCCAGCAGUUGAACGCUUAGCCAGAAGUUAUUUGAGGCGACCAGCUAUUGUUUACAUAGGAUCUGUUGGCAAACCUGUGGAUAGAACUGAACAAGUAGUCUACAUGAUAGGUGAGAAUGAAAAACGUAGGAAGCUCACCGAGAUAUUGCAACGUGGAGUGGAACCUCCAAUCAUCAUUUUCGUCAACCAAAAGAAAGGCGCUGAUGUUCUUGCGAAAGGUUUGGAGAAGCUUGGUUUCAAUGCAUGUACUUUGCAUGGUGGCAAAGGGCAAGAACAACGUGAUUUUGCAUUGGCUAGUCUCAAAAAUGGCUCUAAAGAUAUACUAGUGGCAACAGACGUCGCCGGUCGUGGUAUCGAUAUCAAGGACGUUAGUAUAGUCAUAAAUUACGAUAUGGCAAAGACCAUAGAAGAUUAUACUCAUCGUAUCGGUCGAACGGGUCGUGCCGGUAAAACUGGUAAAGCCAUAUCAUUUGUGACAAAAGAAGAUUCUGCGCUAUUUUAUGACCUUAAACAAGUUUUGCUUUCUAGUUCUGUAUCAACCUGUCCACCUGAAUUAAUGAAUCAUCCAGAAGCUCAGCAUAAGCCAGGUACCGUAGUUACAAAAAAACGCAGAGAAGAAAUGAUAUUUGCAUAACCUUCCUGCCAUAAAUCCAGCUUAUAUCAUGUAACUAUUAAUUUCUGCUCAUAUUUUAAAUAUUUAUUAUUAUUAUCUGUCCCUAAUUCACUUCUAUGAGAACAGAAGUCAGUUAUAUAUAAAUAUACAAUCCACCGUCA